UCAUUAUACGUUUGUGAAGCCUCAUAGCCGGUAAUUCGAACGUAAACUCUGUCCGAGAGCUCUGUGAAUUUUUAUUGUCGCGUGUGAAGUAAAAUAAAAGGGAUUAAAUAUGCGUGAAUGUAUCUCUAUCCAUGUUGGCCAAGCUGGUGUCCAGAUUGGUAAUGCCUGCUGGGAGCUGUACUGCUUGGAGCACGGUAUCCAGCCUGAUGGCCAGAUGCCUUCUGACAAGACUGUCGGCGGUGGUGAUGAUUCAUUCAACACCUUCUUCAGCGAGACUGGUGCCGGCAAACAUGUGCCCCGUGCUGUGUUUGUUGAUCUGGAGCCCACCGUAGUGGAUGAGGUGCGCACAGGCACAUACCGCCAGCUGUUCCACCCUGAGCAGUUGAUCACUGGCAAGGAGGAUGCCGCCAACAACUACGCUCGUGGUCACUACACCAUCGGCAAGGAGAUUGUCGAUCUGGUGCUGGAUCGCAUUCGCAAGUUGGCCGAUCAGUGCACUGGUCUGCAAGGCUUCCUCAUCUUCCACUCUUUCGGUGGCGGCACUGGCUCCGGCUUCACUUCCCUGUUGAUGGAGCGUCUGUCUGUGGACUAUGGCAAGAAGUCCAAGCUGGAAUUCGCCAUCUACCCAGCUCCCCAGGUCUCCACGGCUGUUGUUGAGCCAUACAACUCCAUCCUGACCACUCACACCACCCUGGAGCACUCUGACUGCGCUUUCAUGGUCGACAAUGAGGCCAUCUAUGAUAUCUGCCGUCGCAACUUGGACAUUGAGCGUCCUACCUACACCAAUCUGAAUCGUUUGAUCGGCCAGAUUGUGUCCUCGAUCACAGCCUCGCUGCGUUUCGAUGGUGCCCUCAAUGUGGAUCUGACUGAAUUCCAGACCAACUUGGUGCCCUACCCACGUAUCCAUUUCCCUCUGGUCACCUACGCUCCCGUCAUCUCAGCCGAGAAGGCCUACCACGAGCAGUUGUCGGUUGCUGAGAUCACCAACGCUUGCUUCGAGCCAGCCAACCAGAUGGUCAAGUGCGAUCCUCGUCACGGCAAGUACAUGGCUUGCUGCAUGUUGUACCGCGGUGAUGUUGUGCCUAAGGAUGUCAACGCCGCCAUUGCCACCAUCAAGACCAAGCGUACCAUUCAGUUCGUGGACUGGUGCCCAACUGGUUUCAAGGUUGGCAUCAACUACCAGCCACCUACUGUGGUGCCUGGUGGCGAUCUGGCCAAGGUACAGCGUGCUGUGUGCAUGUUGUCCAACACCACCGCCAUUGCUGAGGCCUGGGCUCGUUUGGAUCACAAGUUCGAUCUGAUGUACGCCAAGCGUGCGUUCGUCCACUGGUACGUCGGUGAGGGUAUGGAGGAAGGCGAGUUCUCUGAGGCCCGUGAAGAUUUGGCUGCUCUCGAGAAAGAUUACGAGGAGGUCGGCAUGGACUCCGGCGAUGGUGAGGGCGAGGGCGCCGAAGAGUAUUAAACACACUCAUCACCAGCAGCAACACGCACAGGGCAAGCGUCGUUGGUGGGCGUGCUAUACGUCGAAACUGAUGUUUACGUUUUGCUUUUGUCAUCAAUAAAAAAAAGAAAUGGUUAAAAAAAAAGAACUGCAGACAACCAGAUAGUAUUUCCAUUGCUAAAAACAAGAACGAAUAGCAAUUUAUUCGAAAAUAAAUAGUCAGUGUUGCCUAUAAAAACAA